AUGGUCAGUUUCGCAGCCCUGUACGUGACACUGACACUGGCUUUGCUUCUGUCCCAUUCCCCCGCGGCUCUAGGGAAGAAGAAGCUGUACAUCGGCGCGCUAUUCCCCAUGAGCGGAGGCUGGCCAGGGGGUCAAGCCUGCCUGCCCGCCGCCCAAAUGGCCCUGGAUCUGGUCAACAACCGCAGCGACAUCUUGCCAGACUACGAGCUGGAGCUGAUAUACUACGACAGCCUGUUUCGUCGGUCCUCCUCCAGCUCCUCUCUUGCUCUUUGGCCUGUGCUCUCCUUGGCACUCGUCCGCUUCCACAGGAUCAGCUCUUCCAGCCUCAGCACUGUCGUAGAUACAGAACUCAGUUUCUCAGAACUCUCUAAUUUUAGUGAAUAA